GAUUUAGAUGACACUUUUAACAAACAAAAAUAUUAUAAUACCAUGAAGUCUAUGGCAAACUAUUCAUCUAUAUAAAUGCGGAGGUGCUUCCCAGAGGCGAGUCAAAACGAAAACCUUCAUUCUGGCAAACAGCUUCGGAGGCCGUUAGUUUAGUGGCGUGAAAUAGUUGCUUAUCGAAUUUGUGAGCUGUCAUCGAAAAUGCUGGUCAUUUGCUGCGUUUUGGUAGUCCUGGUCACUUCACUAUUGUACUGGGAAAAACGGGCACACUCCUAUUGGACGAGGAGAGGAAUAGCUCAGCUUCAGCCCGGGUGGUUCUUCGGAAACAUCAAAGACUUGCUUCUGGAGCGAACUAGCUCAGCCGAGUUCGCAAGACAAUUGUACUGGGAGAUGAAAAACAAAGGAGUUAAAUUGAUGGGCAUCUACAGCUUCUACGACCCCAUACUCGUAGUCCGAGACUUAGAUUUGACGAAACGGAUCCUAAUCAAAGAUUUCGAGCAUUUCUCCAGUCGCGGCACCUUUUGCAACGAAAAAGUCGAACGGCAUGCUGGACACGUGGCCAAUGUUACCGGAGAGAGAUGGAGACGUCUUCGCAAAGCUUUGACUCCGGCUUUCACACCAAGCAAAAUGAAGCAUAUUUUCGAUUCCAUAUUGUCUUGUACGCCGGGAUUGGUGGAGAAACUAGACAUCUUCGCCUCAGCUCGACUACCUGCAGACAUGAAAGACAUUUUCGACCGCUUCACCACCAGCGUGCUGGGCAGCGCCUUAUUCGGACUCGAACCCAACACCAUGAGUCAAUUGGACUCGGACAUUAGACGAUACGGGUCGAAAAUGGCCGAAAGAGGCAUCUGGAACAGCGUGAUGAGGAUACUGGUGCCCAAACUUCCGACGUUCGUCGUGAGCUGGCUGGGUCUCAGGCUGAGCAACAAGGAAGCAGUCGAUUUCUUCUGGGAUCUGACCCGUCGCAACAUAGAGCAAAGGAGAACGAACGACGUCGAUCGGAAUGACUUUUUGCAGACGCUCCUCAAAAUGACCACAGCAGACGUCAUUUUCACAGAGAACGACGCGAUAUCUCAGACGUUGCUGUUCUACGGGGCGGGCUUCGAGGUCUCGUCGUGCGUAGCCAAUUUCACCCUGCUAGAGCUGGCUUCGAACCAAUCGAUCCAGGACCGACUGAGGAGGGAAAUUGAGGAAGCCGUAGGGAACCACGACGGUCGGAUCACCUACGACGCGAUUCAGGAUAUAUCCUGCCUAGACAACGUCAUUUACGAAGGCAUGAGGAAACACGCAACCACCACGAUACUUGCCAGAAAAUGCGAGAAAACCUACACGGUUCCCGAUACGGAACAUGUCAUCGAGAAAGGCACUUUGGUAUGGCUACCGGUGGCCGGGUAUUACGACGAUCGAGAGUAUUAUCCGGACCCCCACGUGUACAACCCCAGCAGGUUCGACAAUGACAACCACGUCAAUCGUUCGGAUGAGGCUUUCUGGCCUUUCGGGGACGGACCACGUCAAUGCAUUGGUAUAAGAUUUGGAAUGCUCCAGACUAAAAUCGGACUGGUCGCCAUCGUAAAAAACUUCAGAGUGACGUUAAACGACAAGACUACAAUUCCGGUAGUGCACGCCAAAGGCAAAUUUUUCCCGUCGCCCAGCGGCGGCGUUUGGCUGGAUUUUGAAAAAAUAUGCGAAUCUGUGUGAAA